AUGCUGUUUACCGAGUUGGAGUUCGUCUUUGAGCUGGUGCUCAAAGCUUAUUCUGAAGAAAUCACUCAUGCUAUGAAAGCACCACAGACAGCAGCUGACCUUGAGUGUCUGCUCCAGUGCUCCUUUGUGUCGCAACUAUUCAAUGGUAUUAAGAGCAGACGACAAAGGGAGAGGUAUGCCAAAGAGAAUUUCCCCUUCGUUGAGCCAGAGCAGCAACUGGUUGGCCAGAAUGCCGUGUAUCACUAUGUGCCGCUACCAAAGCUGCUGAACGCCUUGUGCAAAGCGCCAGACAUUGUGUCUCAUUUGACCACACCUGAGUUCAUGGCUUCAGAACCUACUGUGUACAAAGACUUCAAUGAUGGCCUUAUAUACAGAGAACAUUUCAAAAACAUAAUGCGAGAAGGGAGUGAAUGCACCAUACUGCUACUCCUCUACACAGAUGAGGUGGAAGUUGCAAACCCUUUGGGACCAAAGCGAGGCAUGCAUAAGCUACUGGCUGUAUACUGCAGCUUGCUAAACCUUCAUGUGAAGUACAGAUCACAGCUGCAGAACAUUUAUUUAUUAUUGCUGGUGCGCUACAUCUAUGUCAAGACUUAUGGCCUGACAGCCAUCUUGCAGCCUUUGCUAGAUGACUUGAAUAAGUUGUAUGAGCAUGGCCUCAGCUUCGAGUACCGAGGAUCAAAAAAAUGUGCUCAAGUGCUAGUUUUUGGCAUCUGUGGCGACAAUUUGUCUUUGAAUCGCCUUGGCGGCUUCUCCUGCUGUUUCAGCCGUGGCCGAGUGUGCAGAUUCUGUAUGGUGUUUAAGAACCAGCUGGCAGAUAAAACAUCGGAAGACAUGUGCAAACUGCGCACUGCACAAAGGCACAAGAUGCAUCUUGCAGCCAUUGCUGUUAACGGCACUACCAACAAACGCCUCUAUGGGGUAAAUGAUGUGUCUCCACUUUUAACACUUCCAUACUUUGACGUAACCCGUCAGCUACCCCCAGAUAUAAUGCAUGACAUCUUAGAAGGAGGAGCAGAGUGUGUGCUGCGUCAUGUUCUGAGAGGACUUCUUUCUUCUGGCUUGCUCUCCAGGCAAGACUUGUCUGAUCUGUCUGCAUUUGAAUAUGGUCCUAAUGACUUGAAAAACAAGCCUGUGCCGUUCAACAUGACUUUCAUCACUGGCAGUGCUGGUUUAACAGGAACAGCUUCAAAUAAGUGGUGCCUGCUCAGGUUCAUUACAUUGAUCCUGGGAGGAAAGAUACCAGAGAGCAAUGAGGACUGGGAGCUGCUGUUGCAGUUCAGAGAAAUCCUCGACGUUGUGUUUUCACCAGAAAUCCCAGCUGAAAGCCUCGCAUACUUGAGUGUGCUGGUGCAGGCAUUCCUCACUGAAUUUGUGAAGCGCUAUGGCCGAGAUUCAGUGAUACCAAAGUUGCAUUUUCUUGUGCACUACCCAAGAUUUUUGCGUGAGGUGGGACCUCUUAAACAUAUGUGGUCGAUGAGGUUUGAGGCAAAGCAUCAGCAGUUCAAGAAGCUGGCCGCAGCCAGUGUGCAAAAAAGGUUUUGCCAACAACUGCUCAUCAAGUGCAUCGUGCAACCCUUGAUCAUUGCCAUUAUAGAUGGGGAAGUGUCCUUGUGA